AAUGAAGCGCUUGCGAUGAAUCGAAUUUUCCGUCCGUCCCAUGCCGCUUUUACCUACUACGAAAUGUACCGAGCUCACGCGUCGAGCGGUGGGGGUCGCAGCUCAGCGCGCGAGACUAUCGGACGUGUGAUUGGUGGCGCGAUCGCAGAAAAAUACUUGAAUCUCGCGUGUGGUACUGAGAUAGUUGCAUUCGUUUCUAAGGUCGGGCUUUUCGAGAUACCAGAGGGAGGGUUGUAGCGGAAGUACCUUGGUAUUGAGGCUGCCUCUGGGCGUGUCUCGAGUAGCGGCAUAAAGGCUUGUACAUCUGGAAUCUCGUCGUCUUCUCCUGGUAAGGAAUUCAAGCGCACUGAGGUAUAGAUGCAUCCAUCAUUCGCUGUCCGGAUUUAUCGCUGGCAAAACGCAUGGAUGAGUGGGUGGCAGAUUUGAAUACUAUAGGCGGCAGUGUCGGAGGUGUGUUCACUUGUAUCAUCAGAAAUUGUUAGAUCGGUCUCGGAGAGCCGGCUUUUGUCAGGAUGAUGGCACUUUUAGGACACGCAAUGCUUUCCAUACCCGCAACAAAGGGUUUUCAAAUCGGGUCGGGAUUCAAGUGUGCAGGAAUGCAGGGUAUUUAACUUUUUCGCCUGAAGCUGAUGAGAGAGCAGACCAAAGAUGAUAAUGUUUAAUAUGUUGGAAGCAGGUUUUUCGCGAAGGGAAAGGGCCAGUGGCUUUAUAUUUCUUACUUACACAUCAUUGUAACUACUGAAAAUGCCCUGAUAGUUCUUUAAGGAGUGGUCUCUCGUUUCGUUUUCUUGUCAUUUAGGAUCCGUACACAACGACCCGUUCUGCCUAGAAGAGGGUACGAACCGCGUCCGCACUAGCACCGACUAUUACGGUGGCAUCCAAGGUGGCGUUACGAAAGGCGAAGGCAUUUACUUCCAAGAGGCGUUCAAGCCUCCAGCCACGAUUUCGCUGACGCAAGACUCUGUGCCUCUAGACGGGAGCGCUGCUAUUCUGGAGUCCCAGGGGCGACGUGAUCGGUGCAUUGUGAGCCGCGCAAUCUCGAUCGUGGAGAUGAUGCCAGCGCUAGCCCUGAUGGAUUUGUUGAUGAUCCAGAAUGCGCGCAAAGCCACACAAGAUACUCUG